AUGCCAACGAACAAUAAAACAUCACACCCACAAAUGGAAUUAAAGAGGAGAAUAACACGAUCGUCAUCAUAUUUAUCUAACACUAGUACAAAAAUACAAGAUCCGAUAAAAGAAAAAACCUCAUUCCACAACAAGAGCCUAAAUUCAAAAUCAACUACUAGGACAAGGAGAGUGGCUUGGUCAUCGGUGAGAGAAAAUGAACUAUCAUCCUCCUCAGAGGAGUCCUCAGAAGAAGAAUCUGACAUUUCAUUGGUUGGUACAAAAAUUGUUAUUAACUAUUCCCAAUCUAGUAGUGGGAAAGAUAGUGAAUCAUCAGAUGAUGAAGAGGAUGAGAGAGUUAAGAAAUAUCCAACAAGGCAGUCUCGUAAUAAUUCAGUUGUGGCACCUUUAAAACCAAACCCUACUCCAAGUAAUGAAACUAUUGUUAACAAUGUACCAAUGAGAAGAAAGAACCGAAACCUUUUCACACAAAAAGUUUCAAAUCCUAAAGGAGAUUUGAGUGAAAGUGAUGAUAACGAAGUGAAAAUCCCACAACCCAAAAAAAAAGAGCCUAACAAUUCAUUUCUUUCAGAUUCAAUCAUUAUCUCAUCAGACGAAGAAGAAUAUGCACCAAGAUAUAAAAAACAAAAGAAAGAAGAGUCAGAAGAAGAGGAGGAAUAUGAGCUCUCAGAAGAGGAAGAGGAAGAGGCGAAAACAACUGGUAAAACCACUAAGAAAGAACCAGAAGAAGAGGAAGAAUACGAACAAGAGUUAUCAGAAGAUGACGAUGAUGAAUAUUUGGAAGGAUUGGUAGAAGAGGAAAUAGUAUUGAAUGAGGAGUCGGAUGAUCAAGAGGUAAUUGACUCUGAUUCAGAGUUGAGUGAGGUAGAAUUCAAGUCAAAAAAGACAAAAAAGAAGAAACGUGUCCCUGUCAGUGCAGAUCAAUUAAAGAGCUCUGAAAAUGGAUGGUCAUAUGAUGUAGUCAAUGAUCAUUAUGUGCUUCCAGUAGAUGACGAUAUUGUAUCAUUUGUGACAUCAGCCACAAUCUUUGAAAAACUAUACCAUCAUCAACAAAUUGGUUUGAAAUGGUUGGCAGAAAGACACUUAGAUACAAGAUUUCGUGGUGGUAUACUUUCUGACGAAAUGGGAUUAGGAAAAACUAUUCAAAUAUCUGCACUUAUCCACGGGCUCUUCCUCUCUGAAAAAGCCUCUAGAGUUUUAAUUAUUUGCCCUAAUUCUGUCAUUGGUAAUUGGCAGAGAGAAUUGUUAGCUUGGACAGAUAAUUGUCUACAGGGUAUUGUAGUCUUUCACCAAGUUGGAGGUAACAAAUCAGGAAAUAAGAAGAGGAUGAGUCUAGUCAAUCAGUUCAAUAGAUACGCAAAUAAUGGAGGAGCUGUAAUGAUCUCAACAUAUCAAACCAUUUCAAAUCAUGUGGACUUUUUAAAGGAACAGUUCUCUGAUGAUUUACUACUGGAUUCAAUUGUAUUAGAUGAGGCUCACAAAAUUAAGAAUAGAGAUGCCAAAUGUUCUAUGGCUCUGCAAACAUUACCAUCACACUCUAGAUUUGCUCUUACUGGCACUCCGAUAAUGAAUCGGCUUGCAGAGCUUUAUGCUCUUUAUUCUUGGAUAUUUGGAGAAACAUUGCUAGGUUCUGAAAGAGAAUUCAAUGAAUCGUACACAAUUCCUAUCAACCACUCUACAAAAAGAGAUGCUACACCUUUCGAAAAAUUAAUGGGAAAUAACGCAGCAGAUUCCCUUCGAGAAACAAUCAAACCCUACAUGAUGAUGCGAACCAAACAAUCAGUAUUAUCAAUCGAUAAUCAAUUGUACAAGAAUGAGGAUCAAUCGACUACAGCCAAAAUUGGCCAGAAGAAUGAUUUGGUGGUUUGGUGUAGUCUUACUGAGGACCAAAUUAAUUGGUACAAGGAUUAUCUUUUAAGUGAUCAAGUCAAACAAGUUUUGAACAGAACUUUGAAUCCUCUUGUCGGUAUUAUUAUUUUGAAACAGAUUUGUGAUCAUACCUUGUUGUGCACAGGUUAUGAUGAAUUACUGAAACAAAAGAAAGAGGAACUUAAAAAUGAAAUGAUGGAACAAGAUGAAAAUGAGGAAAAGUCAGAAGAAGAUUUCAUUGAUGACAGUGAAGAUAAUUUAUUAAGUGAGGCUGCAUUGCCAUCCAUGACUCUUGAUAUGAGUGAUUUAGAUGAAAAGAGACAGCGAGCUCUACAAAGAAAAUUAAGACAAGCCCAAGAAGAAAUGAUCAAGAAAAGAAUUAGAGAGGAGCCUAUAGAAAACAUUUUGGCCAAAAGUACCAAAGCCCAAAUGAUAAAGCAGCUCGUAGAGAAGAGUAUUGAUGAUGGACACAAGGUUCUAAUAUUUUCUCAAUAUACAAGAAUGUUGGAUAUUAUUGGCGUCAUUCUUAAGAGUAUGAAUAUCAAAUAUAAUAGAAUUGAUGGCAGUGUAACAAAAUACCAAGAACGAUUAAGUCUUGUAGACAGUUUUAAUCAAAAAAAGAAUAUCAAGUGUUUCCUUCUGUCUUCACAAGCUGGAGGAGUUGGCCUCAAUUUGACAGCAGCAAGUAGGGUUAUUAUCGUGGAACCAAAUUUCAACCCAAGCAUUGAUGAGCAAGCAAUAGACAGAGCUUAUAGAAUUGGCCAGAGACAAAAUGUUAUCGUCUAUCGUCUUAUUUGCUCAUCCACAAUUGAGGAAUACAUUUACAAAAGGUUAGUAUUUUUGUACGAUUGUAUUAAUUACUCCAUUAUUAAUACAAAUAGACAAGUAAGCAAAACAACAGUCUCAAGAACUGCUGUCAUUGCAUCAAACCAAUACAGAUAUUUGAGACACUCUGAUUUAUUGGAAAUGUUCACUCUGGGAGAUACAACUAAAUCAGAUACCUGCCAAAGGUUUAAUAAGAUUCAUGAAAAGGAUAGAAGAGAUGCUGACGGAUUGGAGGAACAUAUUGAAAAAUUCCUGAAAGGGCUUCCAUCUGUAGUUGGUGUAUCAGAUCAUGAUGUAUUGUUUUGUAACGAAGCUGAUGAUAUUCAAGAGGAUAGUCAUCAAGCAGAGUUAGUGGAACUUAAUAGAAGAGCUCAAAUUGAAAGAGUGCAACAAAUUCGUAACUGGAGCAGAAUGUCUAGUAAUAAUAAUACAGCAGUACAGAACGGAAUACCAUCUCAGUUCAUGUUCAGAUUGGAUGAUCUUGUCCUUCCUCCAACUCCUCAAAAUCAAUAA